CAAGGUGCUCCAAGCCGAAAACAGCUCCGAUGUCUCCUUGCAGAAUUACAUUCGUAACUUCCUUGGCGUUACAUCGGCCGCUGGCGAGCGUGGGAGCAUUGCCAGAGCGUUCCUGCAGGCGCGCGGGCAUGGCCGGCGAGCAGGGAGGGCUGGAACCCGAGGAUUUCGGGCGCCCGAGGUCCUGAUGCGCUCCACUUAUCAAACAACGGCCCUCGACGUCUGGUCGGCCGGCGUUAUACUCUUGUGCAUAUUGACGACCCGGUACCCGUUCUUUCACUCGCCGGACGACAUGACAGCCCUGGCUGAGGUGGCGUGCAUCACCGGCACCAACGAACUCCAACAGACCGCCGCGCUUCUGGAGAAGCGUGUGCUAUUUCCAGAGGCGAGGGCCAAGAUGGAUUGGCGCGCCCUGUGCCUCUCCCUCACCGCCAACAAGAACGUCUACGACUUUCCGCCUGAGGUGUUUGACCUGCUGGAUCGGUGCCUCACGCCCAACCCCUGCCUGCGCAUCACUGCGGCCGAGGCCCUGCACCAUCCCUUCCUCCGCGGUGUCAGCCCCGCGUCCUUCCCCCAGAUGCAGAGCCCGAGUCAGCGUCAGUAG